AUGAUGCAAGAUGAUUUUGAAUAAAUAGGUGACUAUAUUGUUUAAAAAAAUGUGAAAUUAGGCUCUGGAUCUUAUGGCACUGCCUAUACAUGCUAUAAAAAUAAUGAUAAAAAUUAAGAAUAUUGUAUAAAAAUUAUGAUAAAGUCAUUCACGGGUGAUUCAGAAAAAGUAAAAUAUUAAAAAAAAAUAUUUAAUGCAGAAAUAUAAACAUUUUUAAAAUUAAAAAAUGAUAAUUGUGAAAAUUUAGUUAAAAUGAUUGACUAUAUCGAUUAAGCUACUCGUUUAUGCAUUGUAAUGGAAUUAUGCGAAUAUGAUUUGUAAAAAGAGCUUUAGAUGCUAAGAAAUAGUAAUAAAUGGCUUUCUAGAAUAGAAAUGAUUGAAAUAAUAUAGUAAAUUUUAAAAGGGGCUAAUGCUCUAAUUAAUAACCAUAUUAUACAUAGAGAUAUCAAGCCAGAAAAUAUACUGGUGAAAAUUAUUAAUAAAGAUUAAUAUAACUAGAGAAAAGUUUACAAAGUAGACAUUUUCUUAAACUAAUUUUUAGAUAGGUGAUUUUGGUUUUACUAAAUAUCUGGAAGAUGUUUACGCUAUGUCUAAUUUAACAAGAGUUGGGACUUAAAUUUAUACUGCACCUGAAAUUCUCGAAGGGAAAGACUUUUCUUGUAAAUGCGAUGUCUAUUCAUAUGGGAUUUUGUUUCAUCGAAUUGUCUAUAAUCUAAAUUUUCCAAAUAAUUAUGUCAAAAAAGAGGAUAUGAUAAAUUUUAUAAAAUAUAUCAGAAAUAACCCAUACAAAUGCCCAUAACUUCAAGGUGAAUAUGGCAAUAUAAUAACUGAUUUAAUAGAAAGAAUGCUUAUCUAUAAUUAAAGUGAAAGAUUGUCAUUUGAAGAUAUAUAAUCUCAUCAAAUUAUGAAAAUUUCUUAUUCCAUUCCACAGGACUCAAUCUUACAACCUAUUGAAAGAGGAAUUAAUGAAUAAGAUUUAUAAAAAAUUAACUCAUUAAUUGAAGAUGAAAAGUUUGAAAGGUUAAAUAUAUUAAUAGAUAUUUUUUAUCGUAAAUAUCUUCUAUGUAAAGACUUUAUAAAUUUUAUGAAAUAAAAUCCUAUUCCACAUAAUUUUGAUUUCUUGAUUUUAUAAUAGUUUAUUGAAUUGUUAGGGUUCAACCAACUAAACUACGGAUUUGCUAUGAUUAAUUGUAUAAUAAAUGAUAUAGAACCAUCACUUUUAGAGGAUAACGAUAUACCUUUACUAAUUAAACUCUUAGAUCAAUAUAUGAAAAAUUCUUAAUAAAAUUAAGCACAUCAUAAUCUGCAUUUAUAAUUAAUUGAAGAAUAUCAUAAAAUUUAAAGUAUUUUUAAAUAAGACCUAAAUGCUUUAAUACUUUUUCAAGUUUAACAAAAAUGGUUGAAAAAUUAAAAAGAGUUUGAAUUGCUAAAAUAAGCAAGAACUAAAAAAAUACCAACCAUAAAAUGUUAUGAACUAUUGUAAGAAUUGGCAAAUAAACCCACAAUUACUAUUUGGUUAAGCAAAAAAAAUAAGUAAAUUUAAAUGGCAUAAAUUUUAGUAAAAUUUCUUAAUAACUUUCUACUAUCACAAUGAUUGAUACUCAAUUUUAAAUUGCAAAGUACAGAUUUAUAAACCCAGAUGACAUUUUUCAGAUAUGA